AUGAAGUCCGAAAUCACCGUCACAUUGGUCUUGGCCUUGUGGACCGCCGUCUGGACACCGGCCGCGGCAUCGCCGUGCUCGCCUUGGCUCACGGUAAACACCACCAACGGCGCCAUCACCGGCCACGCCGCGUCCAACAGCUCAAGCGUGAUCGAAUACCUGGGCAUCCCCUACGCAAAGCCUCCAGUCGGCAACCUACGCUUCGCCGCCCCUGAGAGAUUCUCCGGCGAUGCGCCCUUCGAAGCGUCGUCUUUUGGCUUCGACUGCCCUCUCACACCCUCUCGCAGAGUCGACUACCCCGACAUGACUCCCCAAGCACAGCAAAUCAUCGGCUACUUCGCUUCCGCCGCCGGAACACCCCAAAGUGAAGACUGUCUGACGCUGAACAUCUGGUCGAAGCCCAGCAGGAAAUCGCAUUCCGCACAGAAACCGGUGAUCGUCUUCUUCUACGGCGGCCGCUUCGCAAUCGGGAACACUCAUAGUCCGUUUUACAACGGUAAGUACUUCGCCGAGGCUCAGGACGUGGUGGUUGUGACGGUGAACUACCGCCUCAACAUCUUCGGCUUUCCCGGUGCCCCCGGUGAGCCGCAGAAUCUCGGCCUCCGCGACCAGCGCGCUGCCGUCGAAUGGGUCCGCGACAACAUUGCCGGUUUCGGCGGUGACCCCGGAAAAAUCACCAUUGCUGGACAAUCCUCGGGCGGCGUAGCGGUGGAUUACUGGACGUACGCGUACACCGAGGACCCCAUCGUCAACGGCCUCAUCGCGCCCUCCGGUAACGCCUUCAGUUUCCCGUUAAACAGCCCCGAAGUCCCCGAGCGGAACUGGAACACGGUUGUCGCGGCCGUCAACUGCACUUCCGCCGAGGACGCGAUGGUCUGCAUGCGCGGGAAAUCCUGGGAGGACAUCAAGGCUGCCGCCGCAGCGGUCAGACCGACGUCUAGCAGCAGCGUUCUCCGCGCCAUCCCCCCCUUUUACCCCGUGGUCGACAACGAGAUCGUGUUUUCGGAUUACGUCGCUUUGACCAAAGCUGGCAAGUUUUCCAAAUUGCCGGCAUUGUUCGGGAACAACGACAACGAGGACGGGUACUACAGAAUCCCCGCCUACGGCAACGGGGUCGUCCCAACACCAGAGCAAGUCUCGUCCUUCCUUCUCGAAUCCUUCACGUGCCCCAACUCGUAUCAGGGCGCCGCACGUCUCGCGCAGGGCGUGCCGGUCUGGGUGUACCGGUACCUUGGCGACUGGGAUAACACGCGGUUGUUCCCCACCAGCGGCGCGUACCACGGCGUGGACCUGCACAUGAUCUUCGGGGCGUCGGGGGAUGUCAGCGGUAUUCCGCCGUCAGAAACGCAAAGGCAGCUCACGCGGCUUAUGCAGAGCGCCUGGGCGGCAUUCGCAAAUGACCCGGAAAACGGUCUGAGUGAGGUUUUGGGGUGGCCCAAGUUUGAUCUCAACGGGGAGUCAUUGAUUGUGUUGGGUAAGGGUAAUGAUCCGGAGCCGCAGUUUGUGAAACCAGCGUUGUAUGACGCGCCGUGUUCAACUGUGACUCUGGGAGCUUUGGCUACGUCAGCGCCUGCAUAG